UAUAAAGCUGGAUCUGCUCGGUAGCGCCCAAAACAAGGGAGUCGGAGCAAAAGCUGCACAAUGGAGUUUUGCAUCGUAGCGCUGCUGACACUUUUCUCCUCAUUUUACAACGUUUUGGCGUUGUCGUCUAAAGGCGUGUGUCUCCUUCAAGUGGACGCGGGGCCGUGCAGGGGAGAAAUUGAGCGCUAUUUCUACAACACAGGCACCCAAAAGUGCGAGGUUUUCUACUUUGGAGGGUGCAAAGGGAACGCCAACAACUUCAAAAGCUUUCCGGAGUGCCAGAAGACAUGUUUCAGAAUUCCAAAGUUUCCCCCGAUCUGCAGGUUACCUAAAGAGGAGGGACCCUGCCGUGCCCUCCUCCACAACUACUUCUUCAACAUGACCACCAUGCAGUGCGAGCUCUUUUCUUAUGGUGGCUGUCAGGGGAACCCCAAUCGCUUCCCAGACAAGACCUCUUGCAUGGAGUACUGCAAUCCACAAAAAACUGUUCCUGUGCUCUGCCAGGAUCCUCUGGACAAAGGGAGGUGUUCAGCCUCCAUAACUCGGUAUUACUACAACACAGCCACCAAGAUGUGCGAGGAGUUCAUCUACUCAGGCUGUGGAGGGAGCAGCAACAACUUCGUCUCCAGGCACAGCUGCAUGGAUGUGUGUGUUAAAGGAGAGAUAAAGCACACAGGCUACAGAAGAAUGCGUCGCAUGAGGCGGUAUAGACAUAAUUACAGGAUUCUUACGGGCUCAGACGUCUGACACUUGUUCUCAGGGAGGAACACUUGGACAAGCCCUUAAUGGAAACUAACAUGUAUUGAACUGACUCUGUGUAUGCCACAAUGUUGACCAGGUCUUUCUUUUUACCGGAAGAGUCUUUAGAGGCACAUACACACAUUUCGACUGUCUUUGUAAUGCCAUAAAAGAAAAUGCGUUUUUACUGUAUGUUGUUGAUGAAGUUUGUUACUACUGAACUAAUGUUUCUGGCUGUGUAUUUUGAUACUGUAUCUAUGGAAUGUAUGUUUUGUAUAAGUAUUACAUUGUAACCUUUCCUAUUUGCCUCACUGUUUUAUAAGCUCAAUUUUUGAUAAAAUAAACAGAAUUUUAUAAAG